AUGGGCUGGCGUGCAAUAUUUUGGCCCCAACAGCUGGCAACUGAUUCGCCAUUGGACUCCCCAAUGGAUCAAGACUCACUAGUCCAAUGUCAGGCGAGACCUAUUGGGAGAAAGGCGGCAAAGGCCAAGAGAUGGAGCACUUCGAACCAUGAAUGUGCACAAUUUUUGGAGCAAAUUGCUUGGAACGGCACACUGAGAAUUGAGAGAGACUUGAAAAGAAAAGAAGCAAACAAGGCACGACAUGAAGCAUUUGCAAUUCAAAGGCAGCAGGCACAAGAACAAGACAUGGAUGACAGAUAG